AUGAGCACCAAGAGCUUGUGUGAGCCCGUGCGACCUCACUGGUUCUACCGGCAGCCUGGCGGGGAGAGGGAGCCCUGGCUUCCGCUCAGCUACGAGGACUCCCAGAAGCUGGAAGAAGCGCAUGGUAAGCAGACUCUACGGGACGUGGUGGUGCCAAUUGAGGGCCGGCGCUACGACGUGCGCCUGAAGGAGCGGAGCCGGCACGCCGUGUACUGGACCGAACCGCCCUCCGAGGUCCGCCGGUGCUUAUGGUUCUACAAGGGGAACAAGGAGAGCGCCUACACCCCUUACAGCGAGAACACCGGUCAGGUUCUGGAGGAGACCUACCAGACAGCUGUGGCCCGAAAUGAGUGGAAGAAGAAGGUGACGCUCCCCACGGGAGAGACCAUCUUUCUGCAGAGUCCCAAGAUCAUCACACAGCUCCCGUCCACCCCAGACAAAGACAAGCAGCCGGCCUCCCCCACGGAGCCCACCCCGCCCAGGGUGCUGGAGAGAGGGCUGGAGAACAUGCAGCUGGACGUGCCCGAAGGGGAGCCUGAGACAGUGGACCACCUGGUGUUCAUGGUGCAUGGGAUUGGCCCGGCGUGUGACCUGCGUAUGCGGACUCUAGUGCAGUGUGUGAAUGACUUCCGGAGUGCGUCUUUGGGUCUGAUCAGCUCCCACUUCCGUCAGACGGCAGAGGGUCCGUGUCGGAUGGGCCGCGUGGAGUUCCUUCCCAUCAGCUGGCACACUGUGCUGCACGACGACACUGGAGUGGACAAAGACAUGGAGCGGAUCACGCUGCCCAGCAUCAGUCUGCUGCGUAAGUUUGGGAACGACACCAUCCUGGACGUGCUCUUCUACAACAGCCCCAAGUACUGCCAGGUCAUCGUGGACACCGUCGCCACGGAGAUCAACCGGCUACACUCACUCUUCCUCCAGCGCCAUCCAGACUACACCGGAGCCGUCUCCCUGGCCGGACACAGUCUAGGUUCCGUCAUCCUGUUUGACCUCCUGACUAAUCAGAAGACAGAUGAUGAUGAAGAAGUGAUGGCAGAGGAGUCAGAGAGCAGCUGUCAGUCGGACGCCCCUGAGCCUCAGGUGGACUGUGCUGUAAGCCUGGAGGAUAUCCUGGGGGGGAGGGGGCUGGAGGAUCAUCUCCGAGUCCUUCACCGGGAGCAGGUGGACACUGAGUCCCUGCUCCUCUGCUCAGAGAAUGACUUGAAGGACCUCGGAAUUCCUCUAGGACCUCGCAAGAAAAUUUUGGACUUGGCAAAGAAAUGGAAGCGUUCCAGAGCAGGAGCCUCUCCGCUGGUUUUGAACGGGCUGGCGGCCCAGGAGGGUCUUGCGCAACACUGGACACAUAUCCCAGAAACCAACACCACCUCUAUCGGUUACCAGUGUUCCAACGUGGGCAUUGGACAGGUGUCCGUGAACUACCCCCAGCUGGCCUUCUGCCCGCAGGCCUUCUUCGCUCUGGGCUCGCCCAUCGGAAUGUUCCUGACCGUCCGAGGGCUGAAGAGGAUCGAGCCGCGCUACAGCCUGCCCACCUGCAAGAGCUUCUACAACGUCUACCAUCCUUAUGACCCCGUGGCGUACCGGAUCGAGCCGCUGGUUCUGGCGGGGGGUGUGGAGCUGCCCCCUGUGCAGAUACCCCAUUAUAAGGGCCGGAAGAGGAUGCAUCUCGAGCUCAAAGACGGCCUGACGCGGGUGAGCUCUGAGCUGCUGGGUUCUAUCCGCACUGUGUGGCAAGUGUUCUCACAGAUACCCAACUCAGCGCUGCCCCUGGUGGGUGGAGUGAGCGAUGCAGCCUUCAACAUGUCCUCGGACUCCCAAGAUGACAGAAUGGAAGUGCAGACUGUUGCUGCAGGAACCGGUCCGGAAGCUCUGAGGAAGGACGUUAAGGUCGGAAUGCUCAAUGGAGGAAGGCGCUUUGAUUACGUCCUGCAGGAAAAGCCUAUCGAGAUCUUCAACCAGUAUCUUUUUGCUAUCCAGAGCCAUCUGUGUUACUGGGAAUCUGAGGACACGGUUCUGCUGCUUCUGAAGGAAAUCUACGAGAGGCAGAAAGCGCCCACGCUGCAGCAGCAGCCAGACCCAGUCAUGUGACACGCUGCUAUGCAUGGAAUGUCAUUUCCACCGGCAUCUGAGUCAUUAUUUAUAUUGACAUGUUUACAUGACUUCAUGCGUGUGUGCGUUCAGUGCAGCUGGCCAGGUGCUGCCUUUGUGAAUCACAGCGUAUGAUGUCAAGACAGCUGCGUUAUCUCAGGAGAAGUUCUGGCCAUGGAUCUGGGCCUGACACAGAACCGGUGUGUGGGCCGAAUGUGUCACUAUCGAUGCUCCCUGUGUCUGGAGUGUGUCUCAAGGCUGGCUUUGAGGCACCAAACCUUUCC